UCGUAGGUGUGAUAAAUCAUUAUUUAUAUGAUCGUUACUAAGUUUAAAGUGCAUUAUAAAGUGAGUGUAAGAAGUGUAUUUGAAGGCAAAACUAUGGAAUAUGUGUGAGAAUAAUUAAAAUUUAAAACGAACAAGAACAAUUUUGUUGCUGCUGAACUUUAGGGAAAAAGCAGUAAAAAAAGUGAUAACAGAUAAAAAAAUUGCUGUAAAAAAAUUAAGUGUAACAAAACAGGUGAUUGUCCUGCACGAAUCCGUUCAAUCUAUAAAUUUAGAGAAGAUUAUUUUAGAGUAAAAAAUAAAACUUUCACUUAAUGAAUAUAGAACUAAUGUUCAAGUGGUAAAUUUUUGUACCUGCCUUGUCUGAAACAUUAAAUAUAAAAACAAAUAACAAAAUCGCUUAGCAAAAAUCAAAUGGAUUGAUAAUUGUGAAGAUUGAUGUUAAGGAUGCCUUACAAAAAUAUUAGAAUUAAAGCAAAACAACUUAAUAAAUAAUAUAAUUUAUGAUAAAAGCCUUUAAAAUAUUUUAAAAUGUGACUUUAAAAACAAAAUAAUCUCCAAGUACCAAUGCGUGUAUGAAUCGUUAAACAACGGACAAGAAUAAGUGUAUAAUUAUAGCAAUUCACUGGACUUGUAAACAUAAACAUGCAUACAAGAAAAUGGAAGAAAUUUUACCGGAGUAUCACAGUCUUUACGAGAACCUGAACGUUCCUUAACAGCAUAAGAAACAAUGUUCGCGGAACAACACCUGACUCACCAAUCCAAACAACAAACAACUGAUGGUAGAAGCCUCAGCCAGCCACGGUUACCAUGGAGAUUGAUGGCAGCUUGUUAGAUUACUUUUUGCCACACCUGCAAACAACAGCGGCACGCGGUGGGCCGAUCAUCGAUCGGAGUGAAUGCGGAGUUUGUUUCUGGCCAGAACGCCCAUUUCCCAUUCCGACACACCGUUCGUUUAGGGAAGCACAACAAACAAGCAGCGACGGAGUCCUUCGGGAAGUAAAAAUCCGAUAAUAUGAAUCAAACUUUACACCCGGGGCUACCGGAGCUACCGAGGCUACCAUCGGAAUUGGCGCAAUCUAGAGCGCGAGUUGGUGGAACCGAAAAGGAGGUGGUGGUGGUGGUGUGGAAGACGGAAAUUGCCAGUCAAGCGGUGGAAAAUUGAGGAACAGCGUUUUCUUCCUUGUCGGAACGUCGUGCUGGUUACGUGCAGUCCCCUGAAUGCACACGCUGCACACUGGGCAAAUUUCGCCAGUUUUUCCCCAGCGAGCGAGGUGAGGUGCAAAGUGCAGUUUUUUCUUCGGUUUGAAAAUUGUGUCACUGGAUGAAAACAGGCAGCAACCCCCAAAAAAAGGCAAAGUGUUGAUAAGAAUGAAGGUGUAGUUUCGGUUCGGUUCGGUAGUCGUUGUGUGUUUGGGUUGUGUGCGGACGAAAUGAAUGCAUCAGGAAGGACGAUCGGGAAUAAAAACCGGAAGUCGAGCUGACUGGGAAAGUGAAAGUGACACUGGAAGUGCAAUGUGCCGCAUGUGUUCUUGUUGGUGCUGCUGGUGAAGAGAAAUUGUGAAAGAAAAGGGGGUUUUCGUCUUUUGUGCGUACGAUACAAACAUGCCAAAACACCACACUUCACACUCUCCGGUGCAUCAUCAUCAUCACCCACCUCCAUCCUGCAAUGAUCAUCUGGCGCACUCGAUCGACCUGGCCACUACGCUCCGGAGCGAGCUGGCCGCGUCGACCUACAAACGCGAUCGUCUUAUGGCGGAGCUUUCCGACGUGAAGAGUUCCCUAUGCGCUAAGGAGGGUGAGUGCGAGUCGCUCCGUGCUCAAAGUGCUCGGCAGACCUCGCUUAUCGGCUCGCUACAGCAACGACUUGCCGCGGCCGAACAGCGGGAGAAAACGCUUCACAGUCGCAGUGAAACGGUGGUCCACACGCUCCAUCGUGAUAAGGGGCAUCUGGAGGACAAGAUUAAGGACCUGAGCGGGAAGCUCCAUCGGUUGCAGUGCGAGCUAACGAAGGAGGAAGGUCUACGCGAUCAGGCACGCUGUCAGCUGCAGGAUCUGGUGCGUCGCUUGUGUCUAGUGCUCGGAGUGGACGUUUGCGAUGGUGCACAUCUAACGCCGGAAUGUGUCCUUGCGAAAACGGGCGAAACUGUGUCGGAGGUGCAGAGACUUCGGGCAAAGUUGGCCGGUACCUGCGAGAACCUUUCGUCAACGGAAUCGGAGCUACUGAGCACGAAGGCGGCCGCAUCGGCUGAGAAGACGCGUUUGCACACACAGAUCGAAGGAUUGCAGUCACUGUCGCAAGGGCUGGAAGGUCGCUGUCGACAGGCGGAACGAGAUCUACAGGUGACACGCGAUCGGUUGGCGGAGUGUGAAGUUAAUGGCGAUAAGUUGAGAGAGGAGUUACGAGGAUUCGAGUCACGCUGCUGUCGGUUGCAGAAUAGUUAUGAUCGAUUGCAAACCGAGCGUUUACAGUUCCUGCGCACGAUCGCCACGAUCGUGGGUGUCAGUGAGCCGUGCGAGAAUAAUUUGCGGGACAAAAUCCGGGACCUGACCAACCACAACCAGGCGUUGCAUGAUCAAGUGUCACAGCUAAGAGAGCAACAUCAUCAGGAGGCAGCGAAGCAUCGGGAGCAUCAGGAAUCUAGUGCCUGUCGGUUGAAGAGUGAGGAGCAGCAUCGGAUGAAUCUCGAGGAGAGGCUGGAAAAAGCUUGCCACGAGCUCCAACACUUCCGAUCGGAACACACGACGUUGAGUGAGUACUUGUUGCGACUGGCGAGGGCUCUCUGUUGGAGUGAAUGUACGGAACCACCUGCCCCGGGAAGUGACACAACGAUCCUCAGCGAAACGUUGCUGGAGCGUGCUGAACGACUCGCUAACCAUCACGAAAAUCAUGUCCACGGGACGUGUGAUAAGAACUGUUGGGAGGCCAUCAACCAUCACCACCAUCAUCAUCACUCGUCGCAUUCCCAUUCGGCGACAAAGCUUCGCCGCGAGCGUUCCUGCACUGAUCUACCGCUUAAGGAAAGCUCCACACUGUACCAUAUGCAGCGCAAGGUGCGCGUACUGAAGGAACAGAUCCAGCGACGCGAUCUCCAUCUCGAGUUGCUGAGGCGCAAGAUCGCCCUGCUGGAGGAUAAUGCUAGGGGGAAAGCCACGCUACAAACCGAGCGUGAUGAGGCGAUGCACAAGGCAAGGAAGAACUCGAAGCAAGCCGAACGUACCACCCAACAGUUGGCCGAGGUAAAGGCUCAGCUGGCGGAAGUGAAGCUACAGCUGACGGAAGCCUCCGAGUACAAGAUUACUGCGCUCGAGCGUGCGAGGAAAUGUGAUGAGCUGCAGGCCCGUCUGUGCGAUUUGGAGACGGAGCGAGAACGGUUGGUAGGACAACUGGCAGCGUAUAAAUCGCGUGCCCGGUCAGCGGUAGAAUCUUCGCACGAUCGGCGAGUACGCGACGAGCAUGCGAUGUCGCAUCUUCGAGAGGAGCUGUCACGUGUGAAAUCGCAGCUGGCAGACACAAACCACCGACUGUCUCAGCUGCAGGUCUUCCGGACAUCGGUCGCCAAGCUGCUGCACGUGUCGGACUGUGCCGAUUCGGACAUACUGCAGAAGCUGCAAUCGGUGUGUAGCAGCAGCCAUACUCAUCAUCAUCACCACCAUCGGCACCACAGCGCAUCCAACUUGUCGCGCAGAUACGAUUCUUCCUCACCGACCGGAGGGGACACCCACGUGUCACGGUACGACGACAUGUUGGCGGGAGUUGGGGCUGGAAGUGGUGGUGGAGCUGGCUCACAGUCGCACGGUUGUCGGCCGCUCAGUUCCAGCCCGGUGCACAAUCGGCGAUACAUUGAUUCGGGCUUCAACGAUCACGACCAUCAUUUCGAUGAUGAUUAUGAUUUUCACAAGAAAUAUUAGAGCGCUCUGGAGAAUCGGGGAGAAUCCACCAAAAAAUAAGAAAACAGCCACACAGUGUGUUCGACGAGACGUUGUUGUUCACUGCCCGAGACGAAAGAGAAAUAGAAAAAAAUACGGUUCAAAAAUGUGUUUCAAUUAAAAAAGAGAAAUAAAGUUAUAUUGUUUUUGGCGAGAUUA